AAAGUCCGCGGUCACACUGCAAACAUGGCGUCGUCGUUUGGUUGAUUUUUUGUUGUUGUCUAAGAAAAUGCAGAAAUUUUGCACUGAAAUUGUGUGAAAUGUGAGAUUGAUUAAAGUGAUAGGCCCAAAGCAUGAAAAUUGAGCACCCGAUCCGCAUUUCCAGCAUUGUAGCCAUCGCAUCGAGAGCAACGUUGCCACGUUGCCCAGGGACUGGCCCUGGGGAUAUGGCUGCGGCGGCUGCAGCACCUGCGAACUCAAACGCACCUGCACCUCCGUCGGGCGUUAGCUCUGGCGCAACGGGAGUCGGGGCCAUAAGCGGCGCCCAGUUUCGCGAAAUACACAAGAAUACGUGGUUGAAAAGACUGACGACCGAUGGAAAGAAACUAACCGUCGGACCCAAGAAAUCAGAGUGCAGCUGGGUGGUGUUCUGCGUGCACGAUGACACGGAGGCCCUGCUGGAGGGCUAUGCAGAGCCGCGCCAGGCAGCCGGCCACAUGCCAGAGUGGGCGGUGUCAUUGCGGGAGACGCUGCACAUAUCGCACGCCCUGAUCCCCAAUUCGCACGAGUUUGAAUUUGUUGUAACGCUUAGCAAUGAAGUGUUGCGCUUUCAUGCCGUGUCAUGGGUGCAAGAAUGCAAGAAUGGGUGGAAACGCUGCGUUCGAAGUUGCGCGAAAUGAAAAUUCUGUCGCCGCGCGAAAACCUCUAAACAAAGUUACCUGAAGUUCGCGCCCCCUUACUG